AUGUCCAGCCAGGAUCUCAGCAUCACAGCGAAGCUCAUCAAUGGAGGUGUGGCGGGGCUCGUGGGGGUGACCUGUGUGUUCCCCAUUGACUUGGCCAAGACUCGGCUGCAGAACCAGCAUGGAAAAGAUAUGUACAGAGGAAUAAUGGACUGCCUGAUGAAGACGGCGCGGGCAGAGGGCUUCUUGGGCAUGUACCGAGGGGCUGCAGUAAACCUUACCUUGGUCACUCCGGAGAAGGCCAUCAAGCUGGCAGCCAAUGACUUCUUCCGGCAGCUGCUCAUGGAAGAUGUAAUGCAGCAGAACCUGAAGAUGGAGAUGCUAGCCGGUUGUGGAGCUGGGAUGUGUCAGGUGGUGGUUACCUGUCCUAUGGAAAUGCUCAAGAUUCAGCUGCAGGAUGCUGGACGCUUGGCUGUCCGUCAUCAGGGGUUGGCCUCAGCAACCCCCUCCUCCAGGUCCUUCACUACUGGCUCGGUUUCUGCCCACAAGCACCCAUCUGCCACCCUCAUUGCCCGGGAGCUGCUUCGUACCCAGGGCCUGGCUGGGCUCUAUAUGGGCCUGGGGGCCACUCUCCUCAGAGAUGCUCCCUUCUCCAUCAUCUACUUCCCACUGUUUGCCAACCUCAACCACCUUGGGCUCAACGAGCUGACUGGAAAGGCCUCCUUUGCUCAUUCCUUCGCGUCAGGCUGUGCUGCAGGUUCCAUAGCUGCUGUCACAGUAACACCUCUGGACGUUCUGAAAACUCGAAUCCAAACCCUCAAGAAAGGUCUGGGUGAGGAUGUCUACAGUGGGAUCGGCGACUGUGCCAGGAAACUCUGGACUCAGGAGGGACCGUCUGCCUUCAUGAAAGGAGCAGGCUGCCGGGCCCUUGUCAUAGCCCCUCUCUUUGGGAUUGCCCAAGGGGUCUACUUCAUUGGUAUUGGAGAGUGCAUCUUAAAGAGUUUUGAGUAG